AAACAACAAAUCGCAAGAAUCUCUACCGGCUGUUCGCUUUUCCAUAAAAUACCUGUGAUUCAUACUAUAUACUCCCCUGUUGGGCAUAAUUAACUUUAGUCGAGAUAUCAAUAGACAAGCAGAAGCACAGAAAUGGCCGACCCACGUAUUCGCCAAUUGACAAUUAAGACAGGAGUCGUCAAACGCUUAGCCAAGGAGAAGACCGUCUAUGAAAAGGAGGUCCGCACGGAGAGAUCCCGUUUAGAAAAGUUCAGGAAUGAUGGAGCUGACGAACAUGUGCUGCGCAAGCAGGAGGAGGUCAUUAUGGAAUGCGAGAUGAUGGUUCCAGACUCAAAGAAAAGACUCAUAAGGGAGUUCGAGACAUUGAAGAAGUUUCUGGAAGACGAGGAGGAUCUCAAAGAAACGGAGGCUUACACCAAGGCCGCGGAAGUUAUAAGUGAUGCCAAAACUGUCCUAGGAUUGUAAAUUCAACCGACAGCCGCACAUUCCCUCUUAUAGCAUUUAAACCCAAUUAAUUUUGUACCUCAUUUCGUGCCCCACCAGCUGCGGGACAGUCUUAAAUUUCAAGUAUUUGAUACAAUCUUUAAAAUAUAAAAUCUUAAUCCUUAAAAUCUUUGUGUUGAAUUUUAAAAAUAAAAAAACUAACCAAAACACAA